AUGACUAUCAUUUUGCUAAUCGUUGACACAAGUGCCUCAAUGGCACAAAAGACCUACCUCGGGACUUCCUAUCUGGAUGUGGCGCGUAACAUAAUCGAUGCGUUGCAGAAGCAGCGCAUGAAGGACGUUGCAACGCGCGGAUACGAUCGCUUUUUCCUGAUUACGACAGAAGAAUAUCCGGCAUGUAUUAAGUCCGGAUGGCGAGAAAGCAGUGCUGUAUUGCACGACCAGUUGAAAAAAUUACGUCCACGCGGGCGAGGAUCGAUCUCAGAUGCGUUUAUGAACGCCUUAAAAUUCAUCAAUGUCCAUCGUGCUCAAACUGGGAUAGACAAUUAUGGAUGCGGACGAUUUCCAACUUAUUUUGAGCCGGUUAUUUUAUUCGCUAUCACCGAUUCUACCUCUAUUGCCGAUAUUCCUCCCGAUUUUCGAGUCAGUUUUCAAAUUAUUGAUUAG